GGAUUUACUUGAACGCGGACUGUCUGGGGCUAUUCAAGUGCUUGGAUUUGUUUACAAUGCGGAAACUUUUGAUAUUGUCGAUGUGCCUGCAGCUUUAUAUCGGUUCCGAGUGCUCAACAUUACCCAAGAAAAUCAAGAAGUGCCAUUUUGGAGAUGCAACCUGCAUUAGGGACACGGCAAAUGCUCUGAUACGCAGCUUUCCCAAGGGCAUACCCUCGGUGGGCUUCAAGCCGAUUGAUGUGGUCCAUGUCAAGGAUACGGUGCUCAUCAAUGAUAGACAGGUGGGCGGCGCCUGGUAUUUUUUCGACCUGCUCAAUCAGAUCAAUUAUGGUUUCGAGAACACAACUAUAACGGAAAUCAAGGGCUUCGACGAAGAUCCCAGCUUAACGAAAAUCGAAGUUAAGGGCCAUCUGCCCAGGCUUAUAUACAGAGGCACAUAUAAUGCCCAGGGCCGUUUACUCUGGCUGAUUAAUAUUAAUUCAUCCGGUGUCUCUGAAUCGGAAUUCUUAAACUUUCAUUUCGAUUUCACGCUGAAAGUGCAAACGGAAUAUCGUAACAAUAAGCGAUAUCUAAAGAUCUAUCAGCUGGUGCCGAAUAUUUCUGUGGAUCGCUGGAUACAAUGGCUGGAGAAUUUUUUUCCAGAAAAUACCGAUUUGACAAUAUUUAUUAAUAAAAUAUUCAAUGCAAAUUGGGUUGAGUUUUGGAAUGAGCUCGAAAAGCCCAUAUUGGAAGUAUUCACAGGUGUAUUCCUGAGCAUUAUCGAGGAUAUAUUUCACAAUGUUUCAUACGAUGACAUGUUUCUCUCGAAUAAGUAUGAAAAUAAUGAUAAUUGAAUUAAAAACAAGUCUAACUCACUUAGAUUGAUUUCUCAGCUAUGCCAAAUAUUAUAGAUAUGUUGAAUUGUUAGCAUCAUGAAAAUUGUGAAAACCUAAAGAACUUUUGCAUAUAAUAUAAAAUGGCAUCUCGAAAUUCAGCAUAGUUGUAAAUGUACCAUGUUCAUAUAGUAUACAUUUCGUACACCCCACGAAUUAUAUAAAUAGUUAAAUUAA